UGUGUGCUUCCCUCUCUGAAGAGCAACAUCAUGACCCUCGUUGGGCACGUUCUUUUUUUUGUCGCACUUAUGAUAGUUGGUGUUUCUGGAAACAUAUUUAACCUCAUUUUUACUAUACAACAGCAAGUGAAGACCAGGAGCAUUCAGACUGUCGGUUUGAUCCUAAAUGUCAUCUCCAUCAGCAACAUUAUCUUGGUACUCGCCACCUUCGCAUUGGUGGUUAGUGUCUUUCAGAAUCCCCAAAUUUGGUGCAUCAGGCCAUAUCCUUUAGCUAUUCGGACUGAAAUAUAUCUAAUGAUGAGUUGCAGCUUCAUCAGCUUCUGGGCCAUUGCAUGGCUGAGUCUCUUCUACUGCAUCAAAGUUGUGAAUUUCUCCUCUGAGUGCUUCCGGGCACUGAAGAGGAACAUCUCCUCUGUGAUCAACGCUGCAGUGCUGCUGAGCUGUGUGUUAUCCUCCUUGUUGUUCUUUCCUAUGUUCUCACUCGACGUUGUGGAUUCAAUGGAAAAAAAUCACAACGUGAAUGACAUCGCCAACUUGACCUGUCCACAGCCCUCCUUCACUAUACAGAUGAACGCAAACGCAUACGCUGCUGUUAUUAUUUGUCUCCUCUGCCCGAUCCCUCUGAUGAUCAUGCUGCCCACUUCUAUCAGAAUGGUCGUCCAUCUAUGUGCCCACACGCUGGCUCUCAAGAAGAACCAGACCCAGGUGCAGGGAUCUGACUCGUACAUCCUGGUGUGCAAGAUCACCGUCUCCCUGGUGGGAGUUUAUAUGUCCACUCUGUGUAUCGUGGCUUUGUUUAUCAUUAUAAGGUUAAUUGGGCAAUUGAUCACCUACCACACCUUAGCCAGUGCCUUUAGUUUUUACAGUGGCAUGACUUCUCUCCUUCUGACAGCUUCAAACAGGUAUCUGAAAGAGAAGCUCUGGAGUCUGUUCUGCUGUAGGAAGACAGAGGAACAAGCUAGCCAAAGCCAGACAGUUGUGACAGCGGAUGUUUGA